AUGGGGGGGCGGUCUCCGCAUGAACUUGGGGCGCCGCGGAUACCACUGCUCCCUAGCAAGCAAGACCACCCUGUUACCCCAUCCCUGCCUAUCCCUCCCUUCCUGCUUACAAUGCUCAGGAAAGUUUCGGGGUCCCCGCGGCGCCUCCUAGCCCGAGGGGUCCAGAGUCCCGGGCCUUCGGGUCGCGGCGUCGGGGAGGGAAGUUUGUCCGGCCGGGGCCCGGCGGCUGCUAACUUCGGGUGCGACCGCCUUGGCACCCGAGAGCGGGGCGGCGAGGACCGGCGGAAACAACGCUCCAUAACCAAGCCCCACUGGCGGGAGACUCGGCCCCGGCGAGGACGCUCAGGGCAGGGCGCGGGGACUGGGGCGACAGCCUCUGGGGACCCCGCGCACGCCCCCACUGCCUCCGGGGAGAGCCUCUUCCCCGCCUCCCACAGGGGCGGGGAGCUGCUGGCCCUGCAGCCGCGGGAGAAAGGACCCCCGAACCGCAGCCCCGCGCAGCCCCCGCCCCCACCAUCCCCUUCCUACCUGCUCUCGGUUGUGGGCCCGGGGCUGGAGGCACCGUCACAGGAGAGCGCAGCGCGCGCGCCCAGGUCCCUGGAGCGCGGCGGCGGCGGCGGCGGCGGCGGCGGCGGCGGCUUCCCCUCCUUCCUCCAGCUCUUCCUCCGCCGGCCUCGCUGGCUCCAGACAGCUCUCCUCCCCCUAGCGCCCUGCCUGCCCCUCCCGGAGCCCGCCGGGCUGGGCUCGGCCUGCGACGGGGAGCGGAGCGGAGCCGGCGGGAGCCGGGCUGCGGCGCUCACUGCGUCAAGCGCUGGGCGAGCGCGGGGCGGCGGCGGCGGAGACCGCGCGCGGAGAGCCCGGGGCCGGCCGGACAGGCGGGGCAGCGGCGGCUCCGGCUCCGGUUCCUCCGGCUCCGGCGCGGGCGCGGUGGUGGCGGCCGCGGCCGCGCCGAGGUUGUAG